AAACGAAACAAUACUAAUAGGCGAAGGGAGAGAAUGGCGUGGAGUGUCGCAAGAUUUUUCUCUGUGCCGGCUGCGGUGGUCGAUCUGCGCGCACUGCGAACUCGUGCUCCCCUCGCAAUUGGCUUGGGCUGCGCUUCUCUUGCCGGCUCCAGCUUGUGGCGCUCUUCAUCUUCCUCGCUAUCCCAACAGCCCUUUGCUUCAAUGAGCGUAUCUACUGAAGCCACUGUAGGUUUAAAGGAGGCAGUUCAAACUGAAAAGGCACCUGCAGCGUUGGGACCAUAUUCUCAGGCCAUCAAAGCAAAUAAUAUGGUCUUCGUGUCUGGUGUUCUGGGUCUUGUUCCAGAGACUGGGAAAUUCAUCGCUGAUGGUGUGGAGGAGCAAACAGAGCAGGUUCUCAAGAAUAUGGGGGAAAUACUGAAAGCUAGUGGUGCUAGUUAUUCUUCAGUUGUUAAGACAACGAUUAUGUUGGCAGACUUGAAUGAUUUCAAGAAAGUGAAUGAGAUCUAUGGUAAAUAUUUCCCAUCACCUGCUCCUGCUCGUUCAACAUACCAGGUUGCAGCAUUGCCUCUGAAUGCAAGGAUUGAAAUUGAAUGCAUUGCUGCUCUCUAGCUCGCUAGUUUGAUAUAAUAAGGUUGCCUGAUUCACCAACAAAAGCUCAAGUCUCACCAUGACCAUGGGGAAAGAAUACUGUUUUUGCUGAACCUUUUUUCUAAGAGUAUCUAUCAGUGUAGGCAACCUAGAUAAAGAUGAACUGGAGGUGAAAAGCUCCCUAAUUACCUUUCUAUGGGAUAUUCAUGCCAGAAAUUUUCCCUUGGGCCUUCAAGGUAUGAAGAAUAACUCUUCAUUUUCCUGUUGUAGAUUUGCCUGUCAUGAGUCAUGUUAUGAGUCUUAUGACCAAGUUCACUUCAACCAUAAAGUUGAAUAUGUUUUUCAUUUAUGAAGUG